AAAUCCAUUUCCUUUAGUACAGGCGUGAAAAUGGCGGUCUUAUGCUGCGCCACAUCUGCUUAUCCUACGCAUAGUCUGAGAGUGACGUCAGCUAAAAUUCCAGUGUGUUACAGCUCACGAGUUUCAGUUCCUCAACUUCAUUUAUCCAAUUCCCCUUUUGUCCCUGAGGUUAACAAGGCGGUUGAUUCUUUAUCAAAAGAGUUCAGAGAAGUUGACAAUUUAGUGGCACGCAAUACUGCGCGAGUUUUAAGAGCUUUUCAAAGGGUCAAGGUUGGAUCUCAUCACUUUGGUGGUAGCACUGGUUAUGGUCAUGAAGAAGCUGGUGGACGUGAAGCCUUGGACCAGGCUUUUGCAGAAUUUUUUGGUGCUGAGUCUGCAAUUGUUCGAGCACAGUUCUUCUCAGGUACUCAUGCAAUCACUUGUGCAUUAUUCGCUCUCUUAAGACCAGGGGAUGAGCUGUUAGCGGUGGCUGGUGCACCUUACGAUACUCUGGAGGAAGUUAUUGGAAAAAGGGGCUCUGGUGGAUUGGGUUCCUUAAAAGACUUUGGAGUAGAAUACCGGGAAGUCCCACUUGCAGAGGAUAGCGGGCUUGAUUGGGCUGCACUUAAAACCUCUGUAAGACCUCACACUAAGUGUGCACUCAUACAGAGAUCAUGUGGUUAUUCCUGGCGUCGCAGUUUGAGUGUAACUGAGAUAGGUCAGGCCAUCAAUAUAAUCAAGAUGCAGAACCCAAGCUGCAUGGUCAUGGUGGAUAACUGCUAUGGUGAAUUUGUUGACGAUAUCGAACCUCCUAUGGUGGGUGCUGACCUAAUUGCGGGCAGUUUAAUAAAAAAUCCGGGCGGAACAAUUGCACCAUGCGGUGGAUAUGUUGCAGGAAAGAAAAGAUGGGUGGAAGCAGCAGCUGCCCGUCUCUCGGCUCCAGGACUUGGAGUUGAUUGUGGCUCUACUCCUGGUGAUAUAAUGAGAACUUUAUUUCAGGGUUUAUUCCUCUCACCUCAAAUGGUUGGUGAAGCAAUAAAGGGAAGCUUCCUGAUAGCUGAAGUCAUGUCAGCUAAAGGAUAUAAAGUGCAGCCACUUUGUCGGGUCAAGCGUCAUGACACAGUGCAGGCUGUACAACUUGGAAGCCGAGAGCGUCUACUUUCCUUUUGCGAGGCUGUUCAGAGAAGUUCUCCUGUCAGUUCUUUUAUCAGGCCUGUUGCAGGUGCAACUGCUGGUUAUGCAUCUGAGGUCAUCUUUGCUGAUGGAACCUUCAUUGAUGGAAGUACUAGUGAGCUCUCAUGUGAUGGGCCCCUAAGAGAGCCUUUCUCUGUUUUCUGUCAGGGUGGCACUCAUUGGACGCAGUGGGGACUAGUUCUGGGGGAGGUUUUGAAAUCUUUAUGAAACUGGGACAGAUUUUGCACCGAUGAAUACCCUUCAUGAAACUUCUUAUAGUCACCAAGUUCCUCAGUCUCAUUAACGUAAAUUGUGGCUGAAAGAGAAAGAUUCUUCAUCGCUGCACAAAUUUUGUAGAGUAGUUUUUCUGCCUUUUACAGGCCAUGAGAAUGAUAUCGGACGGUCCACACUGUAUUUAUCAUGUACAAGAAUGCAAAGGAGGUGAAGAAGGUUGCUUGGACAUGAAUUAGAACAAGAAAUCUGGUGGACUAGGCAAUUAGCAUUCAGCAAGCAAAUGGACAUUUGGAAACAGAUCCUCCUUUGAUGCCGUCAAGUUUAGUCCAGAGCAUCACAGAAUCCGAUUAAUCGCACAUUGAUGUAAAAUUUUCUAUUUCAUCAAUAUGCUCAGAUAUUAUCACAAUCAGAGUAAUGCUCAAUUAUAUUGUCUAACUUCUUGUUCAUGUUUUGUGUA